GGAUUCAUAAUCCUGUAUCAUUACAUCUCUACUUUACAAUUGUAGCUCUUAUCUCACAGUUUGAAAUACGACUUUUGCCUAGGUUUGUUCGCAUUAUGUUGUAAGCCCAUAAUUGAAGAUUAUACUAACUCGGUAUAUGGAAUAGUAGCUGAGCUACGUACGCUGUGUCUUUCACCAACCAUGGGAAAGUACUAUUGCGACUACUGUGAUACGUUCCUCACGCACGAUUCUCCAUCUGUGCGCAAGACACACAACAACGGUCGCAAGCACAAGGAAAAUGUUCGCUACUAUUACCAGAAGUGGGUAGAGGAGCAAGCACAGACUCUUAUAGAUCAGCGAGGUGUGGCUAUACCACCUCCAGUGGGUAAUAUGCCGAGUGGCGGUGCAGGUGGUAUGCCUGGAGCUAUGCCAGGCGGGAUGCCAAUGAUGCGUCCUGGCAUGCCAAUGAUGCCUCCUCCACCAAUGGGCAUGAUGCGGCCAGGAAUGCCACCACCCAUGGGCAUGUCAGGUCCUCCAGGCCCUGGAAUGCCCCCGCCGCAGGGUAUGAUGUCACGACCUCCCAUGAGUAGAUGAUAACAACGACCAGCUGAUCACCAUCUAACUGGCUGACCUUGAGGAGUUUGAAUCUGCUGGCAGUAUGUAGUGUCCAGCCGUUUACUAUAGGAUGGGUACACAGAGGCAGGCUGUGUUGUUCAUGGAGAAGCAUGUGCUGUAUCCGAACUUGGUGCUUGGUGUGAAUUUAAUUUCUCCUGCUUCAUUUGUUCCGCAUGUAUUGUGCUGUCGCUGUGUUUUUGUAGUGUCUAGUUUAUCAGUCUUCGAUGCUAUCUCUUCGGAUUAAUCUCUUCGUCUGACAUGUACAUAUUUAGGAGCUCCUCUGUCUCUUAUCGACACAUACACACCCGAGCGCGCUCACAUGCGCUCACGGCUGUGUGACUACUGUUGAUUCCAGUCUUGUUUUGUUUGUCAUGUUCUCUUUCACCGUGACCCCCUGUGAAAUGUCUGAGAUAGGCCAGCAUCAAGUUGCUUGAAAGCAUCUGCUCACCUCCACUACGCUUGGCUUGCUAGCAACUUUUACUGCUUUAGCAACAAUUAUUUUAGGAGAUUUGCUGUAUGACUCAGUCUCAAACCAUCUCCCCAGUCCCGCUCUUGUAAUAAACCGAUGUUGCUUUUUGUACAGCACAUUCAUUGUACAUGUAGUGGACUGCA